UUGGAGAGACACAUGACACCGGAGGAAUUUCGCCCGAGUCUCCUGUCCUUUGUGCCAGUGGCUUCCCUGUUACCUCAGGGGUGAGAGAGCGAGAGAGGAGGCCGAGAAAGAGCGGCGAGAGAGGCGGACAGAGAGAUGUCGGAGCCAGCCACCAAUCCAGCUGCCACCACCUUCUCAGCGCCUACAAUUUCGUUACCUUUGGGACUGGAAGUGUUGAGGACUUAUUCUGGGGUGCUUAUCUGCUUAGAAAUAAUAUUUGGCGGCUUGGUAUGGAUCCUGGUAGCUUCCUCCAACGUGCCAGUCCCUCUGCUGCAGGGCUGGGUGAUGUUUGUGUCUGUAACUUGCUUCUUCCUCUCCUCCACCUACCUCCUUUUCCUCAUCACCGGCCUGGCUGACCGCAUAAGUAUUGACUGGACCUUUUCGGAUGUUUUUUAUCAUUUUUUAGCUUUGCUUUUCUAUUUUGCCGCCUUCGUGCUGGAGGCGGCAACAACGGCAGCCAAUGGAGGAGCCAUCAUCACACCACUGCCAAACAGCACAGGAACUGUAAUGUGCAUCCACUACCCUCGGGGAAAUGUAUUCACUCUGCUGACUGGCAACCAGUACAAUAUUAACGUAGUGGCCACAAUAUUUGCAUUUGUGGUGACGCUAUGCUACAGCUGCAGUUUGGUGAUGGCCUUCAAGAGGUGGAGGAUUUAACCUGAAACCCGAAUUUUGCACCUGAUCUCCACCGACAGGAGAAACAUUCACAAUACUACAAUGGAAUAGCUUCAUAAAUCAUGCUGCUAUUAUUCAUUGUGAAAUUGGAAUGCCCCUUUUCAAGUAUGAUCAGCUUGUGAAUUUUUU